GAUGCCAGGAAGUGCAGACCGUGGACCUCGCACCCCGCCUCCCGGACCCCGACCCGCCACCGCUCUGGGCGACCCCGAGCGUGGCUGGAGCGUGUCCUUCGUGGGCUGCGGCUUCCUGGUCUUCUACCACCUCGGGGCGACCCGCUGCCUGAGCGAGCGCGCCCCGCACCUCCUCCGCGAGGCGCGCAUGUUCUUCGGUGCCUCUGCUGGGGCGCUGCACGGCGUCACCUUCCUCGCAGGUGUCCCUCUUGACCACACCCUGCAGGUCCUCACAGACCUUGUGGAGUCCGCCAGAAGCCGGACCAUGAGCAUCCUCCAUCCGUCCUUCAACAUAGUCAGGUCCCUCCGGGAAGCCCUCCACAGACACCUCCCGGACAACGUCCACCAGCUCAUCUCAGGCAGAAUGUGCAUCUCGCUGACCCGAGUGUCCGACUGGGAAAACGUCCUGGUGUCCGAGUUUCAGUCCAAAGACGACGUUGUGGACGCCUUGGUCUGUUCCUCCUUCAUCCCUUUCUUCUUUGGCUUAAUCCCUCCGACCUUCAGAGGCGUGCGGUACGUGGAUGGAGGGUUUAGUGACAUUAUACCCUGCUUUGAUGACAAGACGACCAUCACUGUGUCACCCUUCCUUGGGGAGCAUGACAUCUGUCCUAAGGUCAAGUCCACGAACUUCCUGCAUAUGGACGUGUACAGGCUCAGUCUCCGCUUCUGCUUGGAGAACGUCCACCUGAUCAACCAAUCCCUGUUCCCCCCGGAUGUGAAGGUGCUGGGAGAGAUGUGCCUGCGAGGGUACUUGGAUGCGGGCAGGUUCCUGGAAGAAAAAGGCAUCUGUGACAGGCCCCGUCCGAGCCCGAGUGUGCCCUCGGCAGCGCCCGAGUUCCUUCCGUUCUCCUGGGAAACCGCGAGCCCCGAGGCUUCCCCGGGGGCGGCUGCCUGGCAGGGGAGGCCCGAGGUGGCCGAGCUGCUGGCCCACCUGCGUGUCAGCCUCCGGCCCUGGGACGAGAGCAUCCUGGAGACCCUGUCGCCCAAGCUCAUUGCGGGCCUGAGUGAGGCACUGAGACCCCGAGGUGGCUGCUGGAGCAAGAUCUGCAGCUUCCUACCGGUGAAGGUCAUGUCUUACGUGAUGCUGCCCUGUACGAUGCCCGUGGAGUCCGCGCUCGCGGUGGCCCAGAGGCUGGUGCUGUGGGUUCCCGACAUCCCUGCCGACCUCCGGUGGCUGUUGUCCAUCACCUCCCAGGUUUGCUCUCAAGGGAUGACGCACCUGCUCCCCACGUCCUCGCGGGUGUAGAUGGACAAAGAGAGAAACAGCUGUUGCUGUGUGUCAGUUACUCUUAUUGAGU